AAUUCUGGAAAUCAAUCAAUCUUGGCGGCACGCAGUUCCUACGAGUGAACUCUCGCGCUUUUGGGCGAAUUGCAAUACUCGAUUUCCUCUUCCUUAUUUUCAGAAUCCGUAGCUUCAUAAUCACAUUGAAACCAUGGGGAAGGAUCGAAGAUGACGGAGACAAUUAUAAGGAAGAGAAUCAACAAGGCAAGCCUGAAGGACGGUCCUCCCCUAGUCCGAUUCGCUCGCCGAAUCUCGAGCAAAGAUCUUAGUGCCAUGGACAUAUUCCUCACUGCGUUUGGUGCUUUCUCGUGGGGAAUGUGCAAGGUGGCCCAGGGCAUCAAGACCCGAAGGUCAGCUUUCAAUUGCACUUUCUUGGCACUAGAAGAGGAAAAUUAUGCUGCUGCUUGUUACAUACUGCCCAUUCUUCAAUCUGGGGAGGAUGCGAGGUUUUUUACAGAGUGGUAAAAACAUAUCGAGCACGAGGCAGAAGUGAUGAAAGAUGUGUCUGGCUGAAAAGUUGGUUUGAGUGUCCAUGAUUCCGAGGGAUGAUGGCCACCAGCAAGUGUCGAGCUAGCUGCAUCCUCAAGUAUGGUGACCAUGUUUUGCGGUUCACCUUCUAGACUUGGGUCUACUGUAUGCUGUUUUCUACAUGGUACUUGUGUUCUUGCUUCUAAAUUCAAUAAUGUAUACGGACUUCUUCUAAUUGCUUUUCUGAAUGCUAUGGUGUCAAAUUUCUAUUUCA